AUGUCAUACGAAUGUGGUGCAAACGGCAGAGAACUUGAAGACAAGUUUUCAAAUCUGCAAAUUGAUGGUUCAGAAAGUAGAAAAUACGUUCCUCCGCAUUUGCGGGGCGGUUCUGAUCCCAAUGAAGGCUACAACAAUGACCAUCCCCGUGUUGGACGCGGAGGAUUCAGCCGAGGUGGAGGUCGCUAUAACUUUGAUGAUGGGUUUAGUCGCGGUGGUAGGGGUCGUGGAAGUAAUUUUGGCUAUGGUAGCCAAAAUGGUGGCAGAGGUGGUGGGUUCAAUAUCUAUGAUAGAGGGUUUCGCCGCAAUGAAGGUUCUUAUGGCGGUCCAGCAAGGCGAACAUUCGAUGAUGGAAGUUCAGUUGAUUGGUCUAAACAAUUACCUCCCAAUGAGCGUCUGGAGAAGGAACUAUUUCACAAGGUUAAUACCGGAAUUAAUUUUGAUUUGUACGAUAAUAUCGAAACCAAUGUCUCCGGUCCCAAUGUAGAUGAUUUAAUCCCAAUUCAAUCUUACGACGAUGUUUCACUGACUGUUAUCGCGCGAGAUAAUAUCGCCCUUGCUCAAUAUUCUCGGCCGACACCAGUUCAAAAAUACGCCAUUCGAAUUAUUUCUAUGGGAAGGGAUCUGAUGGCCUGUGCUCAGACAGGUUCAGGAAAGACGGCUGCUUUCUUGAUACCAAUUUUGAACAAUAUGUUUGAACAAGGACCAGGGAAUUCAAUUAUUGCCUGUGCUGAAUCAAAUCAUAGGAAACAGUUUCCUGUCGGUUUAAUUCUUGCGCCCACUAGAGAACUUGCUUCUCAAAUCUAUGAUGAAGCAAGAAAAUUCUCCUACAGGUCUAAAGUUCGACCUUGUGUUGUUUAUGGCGGUGCUGAUAUGCGAAGGCAAUUGCAAGAGCUUUCAAACGGUUGCAAUUUGCUCGUAGCUACUCCUGGACGCUUGUUGGAUGUUAUCGAGCGCGGAAGAAUUGGUUUGAAUCAUGUUAGAUUCCUCGUUUUGGAUGAAGCUGAUAGAAUGCUGGACAUGGGCUUUGAACAACAAAUUCGCCGUAUUGUGGAGCAAGAUCAUAUGCCUCCUAAAGAAUCGCGACAAACUCUCAUGUUUUCAGCUACUUUUCCCAAAGAAAUUCAAAUUUUGGCUCAGGACUUUUUAAAUGAAUACGUCUUUUUGACUGUUGGUAGAGUGGGGAGUACUAGUGAGAACAUCACUCAGACCUUACUUUGGGUCCCUGAGAGUGAGAAAAGAGAUGUUCUUGUGGAUUUGCUUGCUGAUUCUGAACCGACGGACAGAACUCUCGUUUUUGUGGAAACCAAGAGAGGUGCUGACGCCUUGGAGGAUUACUUAUUUCAAGAGAAGUAUUCUGUUGCAAGCAUUCAUGGCGAUAGAACCCAGGAAGAUCGAGAAGUAGCCCUUAAAUACUUCCGCAUGGGUGUUACGCCCAUUUUAGUUGCAACUGCAGUUGCUGCCAGAGGUUUGGACAUCCCUGACGUCAAACACGUUAUAAACUACGACCUACCUUCUGAUAUUGAGGAGUAUAUCCAUCGAAUCGGCCGUACUGGGAGAGUGGGUAAUUUAGGUAAAGCCACAUCAUUUUUCAACGAUAAAAAUCGCAAUUUGGCUCCGGAUUUGAUUGAGAGGCUUGAGGAGGUUAAUCAAUGCGUACCUCAAUGGCUUAGAUCCAUUAGUGAUGAACCAUCCAGACAACAGUCGUCUUGCAAAGGAAGACCUAGACGUGGUGGUGGUUUCGGCGGCCGUGAUUAUCGUCAACAGCAUACUCGUGGCGGUUUCAGUUCUAGCGGUGGUCAAUUUGGUGGUUUCGGUAGUCGAUACGGCGGAGGUGGUGGAAUGGGCGGCUUUAACGAUGGAGGAUAUUCUAACUUUGGAGGGCCAUCGCGUGGUCGCGGCGGUGGUGGUCAUACUGACUGGUGGGCAAAUGACUAG